AAAAUAUUCUCUAAAUUUCUGAUGGAGUCUCCACUUGAAGACAAUGAAGAGAGAAGGUUAAAUAGAGAGAAGGGAGAAUGCUGUUGUGCUGGGAUAGUUAUUGCUUACCAUUUUAUUAUUGGCUGCCUCCUUUUUAUGUGCUAUGGAGCAGAUGUUAAUGAGAAACACAUUGGAAUUCAUGCUAAGUUUUUGGUGCUCUUCACUGCUUGUAUCAGAAUUGCUGUUUUUAUACCAUAUAUUAUGUUGAUGCUAUGCCUCAUGAAGAAAAGAUAUAUUUCCCUCUAUGUGUGCCGCCUCUCUUCCUACUUCUUGCUUUUCUUGUAUUUCCCUUGGGCGGUUUAUUUGGUCAUUAGAUUUUUUGGAGAUGAUAAUCACACCAAACAUGAAGCUGGAUUUUUGUACGCAGCCUUGCUCUUCCUAAUGAUUGAGGGAAUGAUGAUGAUCUUCUUUGCUGUUCUGUCCAUCCUUAUUAUUAUAGUGAUUAGUUGUCUUUUAUGCUAUAUCUACAGAAGACAAGCUGAAAUUGAACAUCAACAGGCUGAAAGAAAUGCUAUAAUUGCAGAUUUUAUUAAUAAAAUCGAUAUAUUAAAUGUGACAGGAGAGAGGUUCGCAGAUAAUGAUUGCUGCUGAAUUUGCUUAGAAAAUUAUUCCGAUAAACACAGAACAGUUAUUCAGAUUCCAUGAUCUGGUCCUCACUAUUUUCAUAAGGAAUGCAUAAUUCCAUGGAUUAGGAAUUAAGAACUCUUGCCCAAUUUGUAAAUCCGAAAUUACUAUUGAUGACUUAAAUGAUGCAAUUGCUGAAAGACAAAAAGAAUCGCAAGACUAUGGUACUAUGGAAAGAGAACACCUAAGAGAGCCUGAAGAGACUAAAGAAGAUCCUCAUGAUCCAGAAGGAGGCCACACCGCUUGGCGUGAUGACUAAGGAU